AGGAUCGGCGGCGCGAGGAGUAUGAGCGCGAGGAUGACCUCGAUCGACAGUCCCAGGUGUCCACCAACCGCGAUCAGCGUGCACCCGACAAACCGCGCAUCACGUUGUCCACAUUCACGGGCAGUGAUCCAGACGCAUGGUUCAAUAGGGCGACGCAAUAUUUUGAGCUCAAUGAAACCGACGGUAUAGAUCGCGUCACGUAUGUCGCUCAUUAUCUCGAUGGUGAGGCCAAUGUAUGGUGGCAAUGGCUCACAAGGAUUUAUCGAAAGCGACAGCAAAUCAUCACUUGGGAAGUUUUUGAAAGAGAGUUGCUUACACGGUUUGGUACAUCUGAUUACCACAACUACAACGAGGCUCUCACAUGCAUACGACAGACAGGUAGCCUACGCGAGUACAUCAGGGAGUUUGAGCGGUUGGCCUGCCGCGUACGUGAUUGGCCCGAAGAUGCGUUGGUCGGAGCGUUUGUAGGAGGGUUAAAAUUUGACCUAGCUACAGAGGUCCGACUCGAAAGGCCAGACACCAUGCACGAUGCGAUGGAGGUUGCCCGACGACGCGAAGACCACCUAGUCGCUACGCGAAGGGGACGGGCGGAUAUGCGAUUCGCGGACACACGACGCGCGGGAUCGAACCAAGCCACGGUCAGCGCACGACCGAACGUCAGCAAUCGGCCAGCAGGGGCGAUAGUGAGGCGGCUGUCCCCCGAAGAAGUUAAACAUCGACGUGAGAAAGGCCUCUGCUUUAAGUGUGAGGAGAAGUUUACUCCCAGUCAUCAAUGCAAACAGGCCUUUGUAAUAGAGGUGGCCAACCCCGACGAUGAGGAAGCUGUGGUCGAGGAGGAACUACACCAGGAAGAGGAGAUUGAAGCACUCCAUGAGGAGCCUGAGAUCUCGAUGCAUGCAAUGGCUGGAAUCAGAGGACCAAGGACGAUGCGUCUACCAGCAUGGGUCAGGGACCGUCGUGUAGUCGUGCUCGUAGACAACGGUUCGUAUUAUAACUUCAUCAAUACUGAGUUGUCUGAAAAGCUGAAGUUGCCAACCACAAAAAUCAAACCCUUCGAAGUCCGAGUAGCCAAUGGAGAAAGGUUACAAUGUACUGAGUCGUUCCGGAAGGUGCCAAUCAAGUUUAACGGAGUAACUGUGAAGGCUGAUCUUUACGCCUUACGUUUAGUUGGACCGGAUGUCGUUCUGGGGGUUCAAUGGCUCGAGGGGUUAGGUAGGGUGACUACCGACUAUCGAACAGGAAUUAUGGAAUUCAACUCUGGAGGUCGACAAGUCACUCUGAGUAUUGGCACCGAAAAGGGUACUAAGGAA